UGACUGGCUGGCUGCUGCUACCGGGAGGGAUGCAUAAAACACCGCAUUUUGACCUUCAUAAACUUUUGACACAGCCAAACUUAGCGCCACUCUUCCUUCUUUGUGCGUAACAGUCCUCCCAAAUGCAUGUACUUUAAAUUAUAGUCCCACUAUAGUCAUAAAGAGAGCAGCCUUUAGCAGAGAUUUGCAUAUUCAUUAGUUAACUCAUAACUUUCUCUUUGAUAGCAUGGGUCCGAAAAAGAGAGGAGCAAGGAAAAGGAAAGCCGAGGAGGCUUUUAGAGGAGAAAAGGAGGAAGAGAAGGACACUGAGGAGAAGAAGGAUGCUGAGGAGAGAGGAGGCAGGAGGAGGAAGGAUUGUGGGAAUAAUAAAUACAUUGGAGCUCAUGUUGGCAUUCAAGGUGGGAUAUGGAAAGCAGUGGGGUCCAGCUCAGAGAUGGGUGGCAACAGUUUCGCCCUGUUCCUGGGCUCCCAGCGGUCAUGGAAGAGGCCUGCAUUGGACCACUCUGCUGCAGCCAAGUUUCGUGAGCAAUGCUCCCUACAGGGGUAUGACCCAGCUCACAUCCUGCCUCAUGGAUCCUACCUGAUGAACUGCGGAUCUCCCAAAGAGGAUGUGUUUGAGAAGAGCCAGGCCCUGCUGGUGGAUGAGCUCAGCCGCUGCAGCCUCCUGGGCCUCAACCUCUACAACUUCCACCCUGGCUCCUCCCUGGGCUCCAUCACCACCGAGCAAUGUGUGGAGAAGAUAGCAGGGGCCAUUAACCACGCUCACCAGCAAACACCCGCAGUGAUUACAGUGUUGGAGAACAUGAGCGGUCAGGGCAACACGUUGGGCGGUAAAUUCUCUGAGCUGAAGAGCAUCAUAGACAAAGUGAGAGACCAGACCAGGGUAGGAGUGUGUCUGGAUACCUGCCAUGCCUUCGCAGCAGGAUAUGACGUGGCUGCAGAGGGAGGAGUGAAGGCCAUGCUGGAUGAGUUUGAUAAGGAAGUGGGGCUCUGCUAUCUUAAAGCCAUACAUCUCAAUGACUCUAAAGGUAAACUAGGCUGCAACCUGGAUCGCCAUGAGGACAUUGGUAAAGGUCACAUCGGAAUCUCUGCUUUCCGAGACAUCGUCAACGAGCGCAGACUGGACAACAUCCCUCUGAUACUGGAGACACCUGGACGGCCAGGGUUCGAGUAUGCCGAGCAGAUUGAACUUCUCUAUUCCCUCUGUGAGAAAAAAUAGUAAGCGCCCUUACUGAUGAAGUGGCCCUGCUAAACUGAAGCCUGUGAAACCACAGCUCACACGUCUGUUAGGAGAAUUGAAGUGUUUGUCAAGGACCAAAGAGGCUGGGUGCUGGAGCCCGUUUCACUUUGUUCGGUUGUUAAUCACUGUGUGAACAGUUCCGAACAUGAGCUGAAUAAAUGUGUUGUUGAAAGUUUUCA